UCAUACUGUUGUCUGAGGUUUUCACUUUGUGUUGUUGAAACUCCAAAAUGGCUCUCAAGUAUCUAUUUUCACUAACAUCCUUUGGCUAAUCUUUGCAGUGUCAUGCAUGCGCAGAUGCUCCCUGGGAAGAGUUUAGGGUUUAAUCACUCUGCCUCACUGAUAACCAGUAAUCUGAGCUUCGGAAACAAGGUGCCGACAUCCCUGCCCAGUUUAUCUUUGAGAAAUGAGAAACAGCAUUCCAUGUAUAACCACAAGGUUCUCGGCAUGUCUGCACGCCAAGCUACAAAACUGAAUGCUGCAGUCGUCCCUUUAGAAGCUGGGGAGACUAGAGAAAUACCUUCGAGUGCUGACAAGACUUACAAAACAACAGUUGUCUCAGUGGAGACUCUUGUUGGCCCCAAAGGCGGCCUCGGAGAGGUCUGCCAUAUUGUGCUUGAUCACUGUGGUUGCUUUAGUUUCAUGGAAGGCCAAUAUCUUGCAGUAUGUUUUCAAUCGAACAAACGCUAUUUCUCGAUUGCAUCAUGGAGACGUGGAGAUUCUUGUGAUGGCAAUACACUCAGUCUAUGCGUUCGUCGUGCAGAACUGUCGUCAGACAGUGUUAGUAACUACCUCUGUAACGUUAAAGCUGGAGACGUGGUUGAAAUUUCAGGUCCUGCGGGAGGUAAAAUGGUAUUCCCACCGGAACUCAUACCGCUAAGCCCACCAAAACCAGAAAUAGAACCCAUAUCAACAUUGGAACCCAUGCCGAUAUGGCCAACACGGGAAGUCAAACAUAUCAUGGUUGCAACAACAACUGGUAUUGCUCCUUUUCGCAGCAACAUCCAACGAUUGUUCCUACAUCAUCAAUAUUUACUCGACACCCAACAACAACAAAAAAUUCUUAGAUUCAAUGAACAUGUCUGGUUGAUCUCUGGGGCUGACAACUAUAACAGUCUUCUUUACGACAACGAAUUUACUCAAAUUCAAAAUGACAACAUUAAUCACUUCAGAUAUCAGAGGGCCUUGAAUAACUCUGUGGAGGAUAGCAUCUAUGAAAGUGGUAAUGAAAUUUUCACACUUUUGAAAGCUGGUGCAUAUAUAUAUAUCGCUGGAUCAAGUACCAUGCUGCCGGGAAUUAAGGAGGCAUUCGCCAAGAUUGCUCAGGAAAGAGGUGUGGAUUGGCCAAAGAUGCUGGACCAACUGCAGAAAACUAAUCACUGGCGUGUUGAAGUUUACUAGAUAACUUCAAUCCAAAGGGUUUAUAUAUGUUAAAAUUGGUGGCGCAGUGACAUUGAGUAUUAAUGUCCUUUUUAUCUAUAUAUUAAUGUUUAAUUAAUAAAUGCCACCUGCAUCUUCCUGAUUUGCAAAGUCUUGUCAGAA